AUGUACUUAGAUAUCAAUGACCUAACAAUGGGUGCUGCCGGCCAAUUGACACAACCAACCGCACGCCUUGUUACCCGUACGCACCCCCAGAUCCCUACUACCACAACAAUAGAAAAACACAAACUGCUGGGUUCCCACAAAUCCCCUGUAAUGCUAAUGCCGGUGCUACCGACCAGCACUCCAGUGCCGCCGGCAAAGAACCCGAAACCGAACGACCCCGCCGCUCCCGAGGAUAUAAAAAGAACGCUUCACUUCAAACACUCGCGCCAAACGGAACGGCCCACACCAACUGCAAAAAGGCUGAACGCCUCACAGUCCUCUCCCCCGGGAGCUAACGAACCCGGCCUGGCUGCAGCUGCCGGGCCGGCCAGCCCGGCGCGGCCCUGCUACUCACUUGGCUCCUGCGCGCUCAUUCAGAGGCCACCGGCCCUCCAGCCGGAUGCCUCACAGUCUGCUACCCCGGGGGCCCGCGAAGCCAGCAACGCCGCGGCCGCUGCAGAGCCGGCCGGCCCGGUGCGGCCCGCCUCCUCUCACGGCUACGGCACGCUCGCUCAGAGGUCCCAGGCCUGCAGGCCGAACGCCUCACCGUCUGCUCCCCCGGGCUAA